UUUAUCACUCGGGGGGGCUGAGUGGGCUGAGCUAGUGCAGCUUCUCGGGAGGACUCCGCUUCCCCACUCCGCAGGGUUUCCAAAUGCCGGACAGCAAACAUGUAGCGGCGCGGACACUUUCGAACCGGCGGCUGAUAUAAGAAGUAGGUCAUGGAGUCGAGGCUUCCCCAUUUCAUCCUCGUCACCCUGACCGGCCUCGUCGUAGCCUCCUCCGAUGACCCCCACCGCAAUGGCACCCGCCGCUACGACUACUGUGUGCUGGGAGCUGGCCCCGCGGGACUACAGAUGGGAUACUUCCUCUCCAAGGCCAGCAGGGACUACAUCAUCCUGGAGAGGAACUCGGGGCCUGGGAGCUUUUUCAACAAGUACCCCAGGCACAGGAGGCUCAUCAGCAUUAACAAGAUCCACACGGGACGGCAGAACCGAGAAUUCAACCUGCGGCACGACUGGAACUCGCUGCUGAGCGACAGGCCCGACCUCCUGUUCAAGAGAGUGAGCAGUGACUUUUACCCCCCGGCAGACGCCUUCCCUCGCUACCUGUCCAUGUUCGAGAGGGAGCUCGGGCUGAGGGUACAGUACGGGGUGGACGUCGGGAGGAUCAGGGCGGUCCAGUCGGCCGCAGGAAGGAGCUACAUCCUCACCGACCAACACGCCUCCAACUACAGAUGCAGCGUCCUGCUGGUGGCCACAGGGUUGUGGGUCCCUCAGAAGGUGGAGUUUGUCGGCUCUGAUCUGGUCGAGGGAUACGAAUCCAUCUCCACUAACCCCGACGACUACAAGGACCAGGCUGUGCUGAUACUGGGGAAGGGAAACUCUGCUUUUGAAACGGCGCAGAGCAUCUUAGGGAGGGCGAGUCGAGUGCACAUGCUCAGCUCCAGCCCCGUUCGACUGGCCUGGCAGACGCACUAUGUGGGAGAUCUUAGAGCUGUUAACAAUGACUUAAUAGACACGUACCAGCUCAAGUCCCUUGACGGGCUGGUGGAGGCACGGCUAGAGAAAAUUGUCAUCGCUCAGGUAAAGGAGCAGGGUGGGAGGAGGUCCGGUGGAAGGAAGAAAGAGAGGAGGAAACAGUUGUACCUAACUUUAAAGAAGUACGUAAACACGCAGAACAGCUCGGAUCUAACACGAGAGGAACUUCCGGGGUACCACAUUGACAACUUCCCCACGCGAAAACCCUACGACCGGGUGAUCCGGUGCCUCGGAUUCCGAUUCAACUUCAGCAUAUUUGAAAGCUCUGCCUGCCCACCAAACAGUGAAAAUGCAAAAGGGAGGUUGCCAGGGGUAACGGCCUGGUAUGAAGGGAACAACACCCCCAACUUGUUUGUCCUUGGAACUGCCUCGCACUCCAGGGACUACCGUGCAUCUGCAGGCGGCUUCGUCCAUGGAUUCCGCUACACAGUCCGCGCCGUACAUCGAGUUCUUGAACACCGUAACCAUGGCAACCUCUGGCCGUCAACCAAACUGUUGACGACUCAGCUGCAGGCCUGGAUUCUGAAGCGGGUCGGUGAGGCGUCGGGGCCAUACCAAAUGUUCGAGGUGCUCGGGGAUGUUAUACUUCUUCAUGGCUCUCAUUGCCAGUAUGUUGAAGAGUUCCUACUCCAAGCCCUGCCUGACUUCUCCUCCCUCUCUGGCCACAAAGUCUCCAAACAUGGGCUGAUAGUGUUAGUCAUGCAGUACGGCAAAAAGAAGAUCGACUACCUGGGGCGGGGCAGGGCGGAAACGGACUGGACCAAAGCAUGGCAGUCCAACUUUCUGCACCCUGUUCUCUACUACUAUGACCGACUCCCUACUGAGUAUGAGAUGAAGACACGCCCUGAGGGCUGGCCUUUACCGAGGCCCAAAGCGAUCCAUCACAUGGUGGAGGACUUCCUCACAGAGUGGGACGGUCCUCUGUCCCACAUCCAGCCCCUGCGCCGCUUCCUGGAGCAUUGUGUCCAGACUGACCUCAGAGCCUUCUAUGCAGAGUCGUGUUUCCGCUCGGCCCUCACCCAUCGUAAGCCGCCGCUGUUUUGCCAGCAGGGAUACUUGAACCAGCAGGGAGUCGUGCGCGACAGUUGGCUCCAGCAGCAGAUUCACGCAGCUGGACCGCACACAGCUGAGCAUGAUGAUGCCGGCACAUCAGAAGCCAACCCGGAAUUCCCCAAAUACCUGGGACCAGCUGGAGCAUCCAUGUCUUCAGGACUGAAACUUGACCUAUGAUUGUUUUUCCUGUCUGAGCUGUACGAUGCUGUUUAUGUCUCUUAAAAUAGCUACCUCCAUUACCCCAAAUCAUCUCCUCUGCCAUUUCCAAUUCUCCUCUAAAUUUUAGGAAAGAAUAUUCUAUGAAUCUGUGGUUAGCAUUUAUGUUGGCAUGGUAUCUUUUUUUUUUUUUAGAAAAAGGGUAAUCAUUACUUCAUAAAUCUACUACAUGAUUGAUUCAACCAAAGAGUUCUUUGCUAAACUUAAGUUUGGUUUACUUUGGUUUAGUGAUCAUAAAAAUGUUUUUCUUGGGAUGACAAUCCUAAUUUUAUGCACUUCUUCUUCUGUUUAUCACUCUGUAGCUCUUUAGAUAUAUUAUGGGACUUGGAGUGGUUAAAGCCUGCCGGUUGGGAACCAUUGCCUAUCACUGGAAAGGCACUGUGACCAUUGAGAGUCCCCCUGUUUUUCUCUUGCAAAUACAGUAUUUAUAUUAUUUACAUCACUACAUUUUCAUAUAAAAUGUUACAUGGGUUGUGUUGGGUGCCAAGGGUUUCGUGCAUUAUUCAUUUCUAAAAGAUGUAAGAAAUUAAACAUUCGAAAAAGA